UAUUAUACAGAAUUACCAGGGAGGAAAAAGUAAAUGUAACGCAGCUGAUAAAUAUCAAUUCUUUCGCAUCUUCUCCAACUUUGCUUCACGUCGCUGCGAUCGUACGAAACUGCAAAGCAGAGAUCAACAGCUAAGAAUGGAUGGACAAAACUUGGAAGAUCCAAAAAGCACUGCUGAUAUGACAGUUUUCGUGCAAAACCUUCUUCAGCAGAUGCAAUCCAGGUUCCAGGCAAUGUCAGACUCCAUUGUUACAAAGAUUGAUGAGAUGGGAAACUCAAUAAAUGAGUUGGAGCAGAGCAUCAACGAGCUGAGAGCAGAGAUGGGAGCAGAGGGCUCUCCAAGCCCCUUGGCACCACCCAAGUCGAAGCCUGAUGAAGUGAAGCCAGAUGAUGGUUAAGUUUUUGAUUAAUCACAGUCCAAGACAUGAUGCUUCAAGAUUUCAUGCCCGACUUUUCUCCCUAUGUUUGCCCGGUUGAGAAAUCAAAACAUUUGUUACUAUAAGACUAUUACGUGCACUGCUGUAGGAAUUAUGCAGUUAAGGAUCUUCCUGUUUUCCAUUUCCCUAAAUCAUUUUGGCAACUAUGCUUGUAUAGAGUGCUUUUGUUUCAUGCUAUCAUUCAAGUGCCCCAACUGUGCCUCAA